AUGCGAGAUGGUCGCUCUGGCCAAGCACGACCUCAAAGUCAGCGGAAUGGCAGCGCACCGCGGAAUGGCAGUGUGCCAAGGAAAGCGCCCGCCGUGCCGCGACCGCCAUCCCGAGUUGAUGCCCAAGUCUCACCAUCCGAGAGACCAUCACCUGACCAUGUGUACAAUGUGAGCAAUGCCAAGGAUGCACAAAAUGCUAUGGCCAUGGCCAGACGUCAGAUUGCGUCACGAGGACCUUUGAGUACAGCAGGUGCCAAUGUUGGUGCGAGGCCGGCUCGAGCCUCUUCGAGUGGACCCAGUGCCGGCCGGGCACCACGGCAAGGGAGUGUGGAAGUGACCAGAACUCCUGUCUUCGCCUACUUGAAGGUGUAUGGACUGAAUCAAUAUGCGCGGGCUUUUGCAGCUGCUGGCUUGGGUGAGUUGGAUGCCAUCAGCAAGCUUUCGGAGACUGAGGCCUUGGAUUUCCUAGAACAUCUCAGGAUCUAUCCAGGUCACAAACUUCGGCUUCUGCGAGCUGUCGAAUGCUUGCGGCACGCUUCUUCAGAGAAGCGCGAUGCGGCACAGAUGCUGGAGGAUGAUGCGGCCUUACAGAGGCUAUGCUCACAAAAGGAGAGCCUUUCCAAAGAGAAAGCAGAAGCUGAAAAUGAAAGUAAGCGUUGCCAGGAAGAGAAUCGUCGAUUGUUGGAGUUGGUGCGCGAACAGAGUGCUCAGCUACAAAAAGAACGAGAUCGAGUCAUGGAGUUAGAGGACUUGGUGCGGGGACAAACUGAGCAGGUGCAGUUUCUGGCCAGUCAAUUGCAUGCUUUGGUCCAGGCUGGAGGACAAGAGAAAGUUACAGAGCUCUUCGAGUCCUUCAGGAGAAACGGGGAAAGCAAGGAAAGCCAGGGUGAUUUCAUUUUGAUCGAGCCAGCGGAGCAUUUAGCUAAAGUGCCACGAGCUCGUUCCAAUUCAGAUUCAGCCCUUGAAAGUCCGUCUUCGAGCCCUGGGACAGUUGGCUCGUAUGGAGCUCUUGAGGGGUAUGGUCCACGCCAGCCUUUUGUUCAUGACUCAGUCGGCCAAAGCGCCCGGUCCAAGCUGGCAAAGUCAAUGGAAAUUCCUUCUAAUGUCGAAGUUGAUAAUUUGACGAAAUGCUUGGCCACCGCCCUACACAACAAGAUCAUUUUGUCAGUUGGCAGGCCGAGACCACACAAUGCCUCAAUUGAAAGUUUAGCCGCGUGUUCUAUUUUCUUGGAGCCAGUUUGCAAGGAGAUCCUGGAACGACAGGGGCGAGAGAGGGAGAACGCAAUUCCCGUUGGAAGUGAUAUGGCUUCCCUAGGGACGCCGCUGUCCUCUUUAUGUUCUCCGCUGGGCUCCAAAGCAUCUGACCUAAGGGACUCACAGAAUCCGGAUCGUCCCUGCCAUCCAUUCAAUGCAAUAGCAAUUAGAAGAAUUCCCAACAAGUGGGACAUCUAUGACUUUUUGGAGCUUGUAAUUCGCUGCCUGGAAGUUCAUGCAGAGGUGAGUGUUGUCACACUGGUGUAUUUGGAACGCUUUUGCGGGAUGAGUGGUGUUGCCUUCACCCCGGACAACUGGCAACGGCUAACGAUUACGGCAAUGAUGCUGGCUUCGAAGGUUUGGUAUGAUGAGUCCUAUGAAAACAUUGAUUUUGCCGAGAGAUUUGACCUGUACACGCUGAACGAGAUCAACACAUUUGAGCGCAUUUUCCUCAAGUGCGUCUCAUAUGAUAUGUCUGUCAAGACGGUUCAAUAUGCUGAAACCUAUUUCUUUUUGAGAACUCUUGGCGCAAAGGAUUCUCCUGAAUUUACUCUCCAACCUUUGGACGAUCUUGGCGCAUUACGUUUACAGGAACGUUGUCUCGCCAAACAAAUUGAAUUCAAAAAACGUUAUACAGGAGAUGAUGACUUCUCAGUGACCACAGCUUUUUGA